AUGAUCAACAAGAUCAAAGCAUUGUAUCGUGCUGGGAAUCUUACAACAACAAGCUUACUUGGCUGGUCUGUUUUUCUCUUAGCACUUCACCCCGAAUGGCAAGAAAAAGCCAGAAAGGAAGUGGUUACAUUCUGUGGCCUUGAAUUACCAACUUCUGAUGCAAUUGCAAGACUAAGAACAAUGAACAUGAUACUUAAUGAAUGUAUGAGAUUGUAUCCUCCAGCUAUUACAGUUACAAGGAAGGUUAAAAGAGAAGUUAGACUAGGGAGCAUGACUCUUCCAGCUAACAUGACAAUGUUCAUGUCAAUUCUGGCACUGCACCAUGAUCCUCAAAUAUGGGGUGAAGACGUUCACAUCUUCAAACCGGAGAGGUUUGCAGAAGCGGUAGCUAAAGCAACUAACAACAAUGCAGCAGCAUUUUUUCCCUUCGGGUUCGGACCUCAUACUUGUGUUGGUCAAAAUUUCACAACGAACGAAGCAAAGAUUGCCUUGUCGAUGAUUUUGCAGCGUUAUAAGUUCACUCUGUCACCUAAUUAUGUGCAUUAUCCAAAUAAUAUACAAUUGUACCAUUAUUGA